CCAGAGCCACAGUUUCUCAUACACCAUCUCACAUUUCACAAGUCUCUCGUCAAUCGUCGUCUCUCGCCCUCAUCGAAGCAAAGCAGGUUACCCACCCAGCUGCAGAAGCUUUCGAGCGAAGCAAAGCGUACAGCUUAAUCGAUGGCCAUGGCACCGACCGCGUCCGCCGUCUCCUUCUCCGCCCGCCCCUCGACGGUCCGGCCGCGCGCCGCCGCCUCGGCGGGAGCCGGGCGGGCACGCGCGGGGCCGCCCCAGGGAGGCAAGUGGUGGGCCCCGCUGGUCGGCUGGUCCGGGAAGGCCGACUACAUCGAGGCCGCGGCGCCGGUGGUGGCCGAGGAGGAGAAGCCCGGGAGGUCGUUCGUGGGCGGCCUCACGGAGGAGAAGGCACGGCAGCUGCGGGCCCGGAUGUCGGAGACGGAGAGCUUCCACGACGCCAUGUACCACUCCGCCAUCGCCUCCCGCCUCGCGCGCUCCACCUAGGGAGCAGGAGAUCCGACCACCAACCAACCAACUCGCCGACGCGAAGCCGCUGUACAUAGUGUUUCGUCUCUGGAUCUCCCUGUCCUUGUGGGGAGUCCUUGUUGUUCUAGUCAUGGAGGAGUUGUCAUAGGAGAGGGGGGAAGGGAUCUUGUUUUAGGGUUUGUCCCUUCCCGUCGUCUCCGGCCACCGCGAUGCUCCCCGCUCUUCUUUUGCUUCUGUAAUUAGUACAAGCUCGGAAUCUGAUGUUUCGGUUCAGUUC